AUGAUCAACGCGACCUCUCUCAUGAGCCCAGCAAGUGCUCAUUCACAAAGUGCACCUAUAUUCUCGGAACAGCGUCAUUGGUUUAAAUUGGAAGCAAAUGAAGAAAGAGUUUGGUGUUGCGAAAUUAUGCAGCAACCAACUUCACCAUCGUCGGAGAACAAAAGCAACAUGAUGAUUUAUGGAAAUGGAGUUUCAAACAUUGUACAUCGAGAGGACGAUAUAAUUGUUAUCAGUGACGAUGGCUUGGUAUUUAGAUCUGACAAUUCAUUUACUAAUAAUCAACAAAUGCCACAACUAAAUUCGUACUACAUUAAAAAGGCAGACUUGUGUAAGAUAAUUGAGGGAAAUAAUAAUAAUACGAUUCUACUGCUUACAGGUGACGGAAAGCUGUUAAAUCUCACUCGAGAAGACUUGAAAAACACUUCUCAAAGACAAAUAAUCAUACAUGACGAACGUAGUGGCGAACGAACAGUGACGACAAGGGAGUCGACGAAACCUAUCAUAGACUUCAAUGUUCAAUACAAACUAUGCGGAAUUGAACAUUUCUAUUUUAAUGAAGGAAAAGUCACAUCUGAAAUUGUUGUGAAGGACAUUGUUUUUGGAAAGUAUCAUGGCGUUGUACUCACUGAGGAUGGAAAAUGUUUUUCGCUUGGAUUCAACUAUUAUGGAUGUCUAGGACAUGAUUACUACACAAAAAUUGUGGACACAAACAUACAAUCAGAGACAGUGAGUUACUCUGAGAGACCUUACUUUAUUCAGACCCUCUCGAAAUUUACUGUAAAACAAGUGUGUGCUGGUGAUUUCCAUACUAUUUGUGUGACAGAGGAUGGAAGAGUGUUCAGUUUUGGACUGAACCAGAAUGGUCAACUAGGUACAGGAGACACAAUAGAUAGAUACUAUGCUUCCCCAGUUACAAAAUUAAUGAAACAAAAAAUUGACAAGGCUACAUGUGGAUCACAAUUUUCAUUAGUGCUUUCGGAGGAGGGACAAGUCUUUGGAUUUGGAGCACCUAAAUAUCUCUGUCAAACGAAUGAAGAAUGUUGCAACCCAACCCUAGUAGCUUCUUUCGAAAAUGUACCUAUCGAUGACAUUCUUAGUGGAUCUUAUUAUUCGAUUGCAAUAUCAAGAAAUAAGGACAUUUUCUUGUGGGGAGAAUACGCGCAAGGAAAGGCCCUAUUGGAACCUGUUACUCUCAAUCGAAUACUACCAUCUGAUCAGACACUGUCUGCACUUUCAUGUUGUAGCACAUUUUUAUAUUUCUCAACCUCAAAUACACUCUCUAAAACAGAUAUUUUGUUGAAUAGUAUUAAGGAUUUAGAAAUGAAUGUAAAAAAAGAAGCUCUCAUCCUUAAAGAGAGGACUCAACAUUUAGUAACAAUAACAAGAGAGCUAGAAAAAUACUCUGAGGAAUCUAAAGAAUCAAUCGUGUCUUUAUCCAUGAGUUAUAUGAAUCUUGUCAACAACAGAAGUGACAACGCAUUCACAGUUUUAUUGAAUAAGAGCAAAGAAAUCUACAACUCUCUCAUCUACUUCAGUGGAGAUAUGACAGAGAUCAAUGCAGCUUUGAGUUUGUUGAACAUUCAAAUCAAAGAGUGGAACAAGCAAAAGCAUGAACUUUCAUUCACUCUGUCAUCCUUAAUGAACAAGUAUAAUUCAGUUUUUCCAACGUCAAGCACAUCAAACAGUCAGUCAGAGGCAGAGAAAACCGUAAGAUGUUCUCUGAACACAAUAUUCAAACAUAAUACUUCUUCUGCUGAGAAGGAGGCGCUCACACAAUCUCUAGACAAAAUAUAUACAUUUAGAGAAGUGGUACAGGAUCAAGCGAAUUCUACCAAUGUCAUUGAGGAAGCCUUAAACAAUGAGCUUACUGAAGAGGAUCUUGAUUUUGACCAGUUUGACAAAGAAAUAGAAAUGCAAGCAAAUAACUACAAUUCAGAGAGCAUUGGUGAUGUUUUAGAGUCGUACGAGCAAGAUUUCUUUUUGUGUCUUGAUGAUUUCACCUCCAGAGUGGAGGAAAAAUUGAAUACGAUGUGCAAAAAGACUGAACGACUAUUCAAUAAGACAAAUACCCUUAGUAACCAUUUAAAAAAUACAAGCUCCAUUGUCAAAGACAUUCUUUCUGUCAUUGGAAAAGAAAGUGACGAUAGAAUGGUAGAUAAUUUAAAGCAAAUUCUAGAUUCUGUAUAUUUAUUUCAGCUUGAAGCAAAGCAAAACAGCCAAAAAGUUAAAGAAAACGAGUUUCUCAAAACUGAGCUCGAGAAAUCAAGAAAGUUAGUUGGAAGUAUGGAACUAAAAAACAACGACUUGCAAGCCCAUAUCGAAGAACAAGCUAGAGGGCACUCGGAGCUCUUAAAGCAAAUCACUCUAUUAACAAAACAGGUACAAACAUUAUCCUCACCUAAAGAACCAUCUGUUAAUACGUCUGACUCUUUCUUGCAGUCGAUAAUUGAGAAACUAGAAGAAACAAAAGAAAAUCUUCAUAAUGAGCUUGGCGCAAAAAACAAUGAAAUUAGAGAAUUAGAAAAGAAGAUCAGCAAUAUGGAACUCAAAUUUAAUCAAGAGCGUUGGGAGAAAGAGACUUUAUUGGAAGAAAAGGCGAGAAUGCAAACGACUUUAAAUAGCACGUCAGAACAGCUCUCUCAAGUGGAAAAUGACAAUCUAAAGCAACUCGAUGAAAUAUUAUCCUUAAAGACACUCAUAUCCAAUCUUAAAGGAGGAAUUGAAAACUUGUUAUUCCAAAUUUCAGGCGAAUUGAAAAAAUUCCAAAUUGAAUUACCACCUGUAGAACCUAGCUCUAGAAUCGAAGAUUUAUUUAUUAGCUUGAAACAACACACUCGAUCUCUGAUUGACUUCACUGAGCAAUCGUUGGGUGAGAAAGAAAUAUUACGAAAAGAGCUGUAUCUUCAACUUUCAAAUAGCUACGGAAAGCAGAAAGAAAAGACAGAGACAAAAUCAAAAGAAAACAAAGACAUGAACGAAAAGAUUCUUUGGUUACAGGCUCAACUGUCAAUUAAGGAUUCUGAAGUGAAUAGUCUCAAAACUAAUUUAGAGUCCAUUCAUACAGCAUGUGAAACCUAUGAGGAAAACUACAAACAAAUGGAAAUGAAAUAUUUGCAUGAGAAAGAGGAAUGCCAAAAGAGUAGGCAAGUCAUUGAUGAUCUAAAGGAAAAGCUUCGAAUAUGCUCCCUAGAAUACAUGGAUGUGCGAAGUGCAUGUGAGACCUUAACCUGUGAUCUCGCCGAAGCAAAGCAAGAAAAUGAAUUUUUGCUUGGAGAACUUGAAAUUUAUGUUCAACAGCUGAAAGAAAGAACAGAAAUUUCGUACAUGCUUGCUUCAGCGCUCGAUCAACAGAUGAAUCAAAAAGCAACUGUUUCCAAGCUAUUCUCACAAUCAAAGAAAGAAAUUCAUGAAAUGAAUAACCUUCUUACCAGGAGUAGACCUUCCGAAGAGUCGGGACAACUUGCCAACAUUAGUAUUCUAGAAGAGCUCUUUGAAUCCUAUCCAAAAUCACAAACCGAACAUCCAGAAUCCACUUCCUCCAAUAUACUCACACACUGUGAUAAUAGUCGUGAACUCGAAGACUAUUUGAAGCAUCACUUAGAAGAACAUUCCAUUGUUGAAGACUUUUCCGUAUCGAACGCUUUUUUAAAAGAAACCAAAACCAAACUGCAGUCGUUCAUGACGAGCACACAAACCUAUAUUAAGGAUUUGGAGAAGGACAUUUCGUUCAUGAGAAACACCAUGCAAGACAUUCUCAAUCAUAUUGUCUGUGCUACCACGACGACUGCAACGACUACCACGAGCCAUCCUCAUCAUCCUCAUCAUACAACACCACCUUCCUCCUCUAACACGACAAUAAGUGGAAAUAGUUCGUUUCGGCCGUGA